GCGCUUUGCACGCCACGCAUAUGAGCACGCGCUCAAUCGCAGUGAAAGUCGCGCGCGCAGGUUACGCUACGAUUUCGUGCGUCGACAUCUUCGUCUAGAGUUAUUCUGUUUGUUCGUUGCGCCAGUGCAACAGGGAAAGGAGGUCGGUGCUCGGCCACAACCCUGAACGAAACUGCAGAACAAUUUAAAUACUCUGAUAGUAUUUUUGAUGUUCAUGAAAUUUGCGAACAAUAUGCUACAAUGGUGGAGCCGUGAUAGUGUUGUUUGUUCAGCAUAGUGAGUAUAGUGAAAGUAUAUUGGUACAGUGAAAUUACAAUGAUGAGUGGUAGUGAGCCGACCUUGACGGAAUCGCCGGUACCGUUGGCCCUGGCGCGGCUGCAGGGCCGGCCCGGUCGUCUGCCGCGCGGCCUCCGAGCCCACCGCCCCAGCCUGCCGCUAGCUAGCCUGCAAGAGGCAGCUGACGAAACGCCGCGCCGGUUCAGUGAAGAAGCUUUCCCCGAUACUGACGAUGACGAGAUAUUCACUGAGCUAGUAGACGUGAGCCAACCGCCGCGGUCCACUUCAAAUGGCCGAAGAGCAUCAGAUGCCACAUUUGCUGAAAGAUACAGAAAGUUGACGGAAUUCGAUGAACCACCGCCGGAGUUACCACGUCGGGCGUCACUUGCCGUCCCGGUAGAAGGUGAUUUGUACGGUCGUAAUGAUAAGGGACGGCGACGUUCUUGGGCCGCUCGGCUUCAGCUCGAACGUAAGAAACGACGAAAAUCAGGUGGUAACGAUACAGAUGAAGAGAGCGAUACUCCCCCAGCGUACGUUCGUCAAAAGCGAUUGUCCUGGUGGAAUGUAUUUGUUCCAGAUAAUAUGCUAAAACACAGGUCUAGACGCGCAUCACAGCAGCUGUCCAGGAGUGCAGAAAGCAUAGACCAAUCAUUCAAAAGGUCGAAAAGUCGCUCGGUGGACCAUGGGUUCGGUGCGCCGUUUGACCUGGAGGCGUUGCGCUCCAAGGUCGAGGGCAGGUUCGACGCUGUACACAGAGACGAGGACGAGCAUGCGAAGAGGCUGCCGCCACCGCCACCCAUCAAGACCAUUACUUACACUGUACGGGACCGUGACACAUUAACUUCGUUAGCGGCUCGGUUCGACACCACACCGUCGGAGCUGACCAAGCUGAACAGGCUCGCCACACAGUUCAUAUUUCCCGGGCAGACACUUCUCGUACCUGACAAAAAAAAAGAUGGAGACAAGGACUCUGAUGGGCCGUCCGAGAGCGGUGAUAACACCUCAGAAUCAACACAGGGUCCGCCUAGCGAGCCAGCUCAAGAAAAAGAGAUCCUGGAUAGCUUGCGGCCGGUGUCGCCAGAGGCCCCGACCAGCAGUAGCGCACCACAGAGAUUCCUCAAAAUCAAUGUCAGACAUAUCACGGAUGGACAGGUGAACUCUGGUAUUUUAGUUAUUACGCAAAACGCGGUGAUGUUCGACCCGAACGUGUCGGACGUGCUGGUGAUGGAGCACGGUCCGGAGUCUUAUGGUGUCAUUGCGCCCAUGGAGUACGUGGUUAACGCAGCCAUAUUCUAUGACAUUGCGCACAUGCGUACCCAAUCUAAUAUUAUUUCUUAUUACAGGGCAGAGCAAGCAGAGAUCUACUAUAUGAAUAAGUCUGAGCAUUCGCCAGGAAAGGAUUCGCUUCUAGUCAAAGAUGAAACAUUCCCCGAGCUGCAGGCUGCGAGCGCUGAGGGUGGUGAUGGCGAAGAGUUGUGCAGCGGUGAAGAUAGGCCAGGCUCCGGAGAUGAACGUGGUGGGGCCGCCUUCCCGAAAGCCUUCGAGAGGGAACUAGUCACACCCACCGCUUUGCAGCAACAAACAAUAGAAGAAAGGCGGAGGUCUUUGCUGGACCACCACUGGGCAAUACCAAGCAAAGAUAGAAUGUCGAUUGAUCAAGGAAGCGAGGUGUCUUCGAGCACCGAUCAUAAAGAUGAUGCUGCCGAGGGCGCAGAAGGAGGUGACAGCGUGGAGACGGGGGAGGGAUCCGGGGCUGAGGAGGGGGGUGAACGCUUGGGACGGCAUGACGCGCAGCACCUCGUCAAACUCUCGUACCACGACUCCGGGAUCGACAUACGCGAGCCGCUCCUGCACGUCACGCCGAUCAACACUAAGAAGGACUAUCACACAGACAUAGAGCAUGAUGAUUACCAUCAUGAUAUUGAAACGAUAUACGAGAGUAUGGAGCCGGACGCGGAUGUCUCUAUGUACGACAACUGGGACUGUGACGUCACAUACGAGACAAAGUUUCUUAGUCGUUUUGCCUUGGAGCAUCAUGAUAUUGAAAUGUUAUCGAGCUCCUCCCGCGACGAGGUGUACAGUGACGCGGACAUCGUGCUGUCUGCGGAGUGGGUGCCGCCGGUGGUGGUGUCGCGCGGGGAGCCGCCGCUGUCGGCGCCGCCGCUGGGCGAGGCCGAGCGGGCCCCGCGCAAACCGGCUGCCGUCUCCUUCUCACUCGAUGGCGGCCAACAACAUCAUCAACAACAACAACAGCAGCAGCAGCAGCAGCAGCAGCAACAACAAAAGGAUGACGCCUCCAAGCCCGAUAAGAAAAAUAAGAUGCUGAAGCGGUUGUCGUACCCGUUGUCAUGGGUGGAGGGGCUGACUGGCGAAGGUACGGCGGGUCCACAGGGCUCGCAGACAGAGUCACUACCCAGUUCCGCAGACAGCCAUAACUCAACAAGCGUAUUCUCCAAGGUUUUCAACAGGCGCAGCUCAUUGGGUGGAUUCGGGCGGUCGCAGACUAAGUCGGCGCCCACCUCGGCACAGCCCCGUCUCGACUACCGCAGCAUGGUCUCCGUCGACGAUAUGCCUGAUCUCUUCGUCUCUUUUGACAAGUUGAUCCCGCGUCCGGCGCGUGCUAGCGACGACCCGCCGCUGUACUUGCGGCUGCGCAUGGGCAAGCCCGCCGGCCGGCCGCUGCCGCGCACCACGCCGCUCAUGUCCUACGGCCGCAAGCGCAUGAAGCCGGAGUACUGGUUCGGAAUACCUAGAAACAGGGUGGACGAUCUAUUCAAGUUCCUGACCCACUGGGUACCAGACCGGUACGGGCCAUUGGGCGACGUGACCGCGCAGGGCUACGAGCUCAUCGACAGCGACACCGAAUGGGAAGAUGACGACCCUAAACCCGGACACAAGGGCGAGAGAACGGGCAGUUCCGGCGAUGUUUCGGACAUUACCAGAGAAUCUUGGGAGGUAUUGUCAAUGAGCGAUGAGCUUCGCCGGGCGUUGUACUCAUCGGGCGCCUCCGUUGAUAUGGAGUUCUCCCCACCCGACCUCAUUGGCACAUCCGAAAUAUUCACAAUGGAACACAGAGAGAAGAUAUGCACCGUGUUACCUGCGCGUGCUCAAGGCUACAUGUGGUCGCUGGCCUUUAGUACCAGCCAGCAUGGAUUCUCGCUCGCGUCUAUGUACCGGAAAAUGCAACGGGUAGACACCCCGGUUCUACUCGUCAUACAGGACACAGACAACAAUGUGUUUGGAGCUUUGACAUCGUGCGCUCUACACCCGUCCGAACAUUUCUACGGCACCGGAGAAUCAUUGUUGUUCUCAUUCCAGCGAGUUCUAGAGGAGACUCGACGGCACUCACAGCCUACGAUAGAGCCAAAUAAGGACAAGGACUCCGAAGUCAAAGAUGAAGAACACACAGAAGAAAAAGGGGAUCAACCCACGCCAGUUAAAACGAAAUUCAAAUAUUGGGGUUGGACUGGUGACAACAUGUACUUUAUUCGAGGAAGCACAGACAACAUAUCUAUUGGCGCUGGCGACGGCAAAUUCGGCCUGUGGCUAGACGGCGACUUGUACUUGGGGCGCACACAGCGCUGCACCACGUACGGCAACGAUCCGCUCACCACUCGCGAGGACUUCAUAGUCAAGAUCAUGGAGUGCUGGACCUUCAUCUGAGCGGCGAGCGUCCACCACGCCUCCUCGCCGUCUCGCGCGACGCCGCCACCGCCCGCAGGGGCUGAAGCGCUCCACGUUUCUACUUUCAAAUCAAAUUAAGCUUUAGAUUAUCUUAUGAAAUUAGCGACGAAGAUUUGACACUUUUACAAGUCAAUCAUUCGACUUUAGUACUGAUGAGUCUGAAAACGAUUUUGUACUCGCAUUAUGACUUGAAACGUAAGGGCGCGUCGUGACGAUCGGCCGCAAUGAGGACGAUAUCGAAACGUCUACGCGCAUUUCUAGUCAAAUGUACUGAACCCGACCAAUGUUUUCACCCUCCCCGAAUUUAGAGGCGUUCGGAUGGAGUGCCGGCGAAGCGCGCACUGUCGCCGCUCGCGCCACCUCGAUGAGCAAGUGCAUUAAUCCUAGUCAAUUGUCGUUUGUAUUAAGUUGAAAGUGAUGGAAUAGAAAGAGCUCAUUAUGAGGAACUCUAUGGUAGAUGAGUAGAUCGUCUUGCUGCACUGU